AUGCAGAUUGCGCCGGGCACAGGCCCUGGGAUGGCGCUGCGGCUCGUCCGCUUCAACAAGACGUCGAUUCUAUUUUCCUGCGCUUUUCUCCUCAACCUCGCCUUGAUGCCCCUCAAGGCCUAUACGACCGAGCCGCUGCCGUGGACGCACCUGGUCGAGCCCACCGUCAGCGUCGCCGUCGGCCCCCACGAGACGUUUGCCGCCUACGAAGCGCGCACCAUCGCGUUCUACCGGCCGCUCUAUACUGCGCGCGAGGCGACGACCGCCUGCAACUACGUCUACGACACGAACCAAGACGUCGACAUUCUCUGGUGUCCGCUCGAGCGCGCCACCAACUCCUCAUUUACGUUUGUGGGCAUUCCUGGCUCGACCUUCUACUCGAUUCGCGCGCGAAAUUGGGUGUUUGCAGCCAGCGUGGGCCUCCGCAACACCUCGACCACGGCGUUUGUCGAGCUCGGGACGGUCUUUGGGCUGCCGUCGUCGGUCUCGGCCGUUUGGAUCGACGGCUAUCACUGCAUUUACUUUGCAGCGCAGCUCAGUCGCGGCCCGCGCGCGUGGCUCUACUGCAAGUUCGGUUUUCGCGUCGGCAUGACGUUGCUGAUCUUGUACCGUCUCUGGACGACGUACUAUGUGCAUUACCGGUCGCUGGCCAGAGCGUUGCGGCGGUUUGGCGCGGGUGGCUUUGGCGAGCGGCUCGAGAUCAUUGUCGGCGACCCGACAUGUCUCAUACUCCAAAACACGUGGAUCUGCGUGCUUUUUGUCAUUGAUUUCUGGUGCAGCCUUGAAGUCGUUGGGCAGUGUUUCGUGCGCAUUGGCCAGACCCAAGAUUUGUGGACGUUUGCACUCGCAACCUUGUAUCUCUCGCGGACCGUCUGGUUUGCGUACUUGACGCUCAACGUGAGUGGCUACGUUCUGCGACGAUGUGCGUCCGAGCAUCGAUGCGCCCAAGCCGAUCCGACCAGCGUCGCGGUCGCGGUCGCAAUUGCUGUCGGGCCCGUGACGUACCUCCAGCUUCGCAUUCCGUUUUUCAUUGACGUCUACCAUUUUUUGUUCACGUGCCUCUUACCGCCCGAGCGGUACUGGGACUACAAGGAAGACGCGCUGCCCGUGCUCUUCUACUCGAUGCUCAUCGGGUUCCUACCGCUGGCGUAUGGCCUGGGGACGCCGAUCCUGCGCAGUGCCCUGCACCGAUUUCAACGUGUGGUGUGGGUGCAGAGCACGGUCGCGGCCGUCGACCACUCGCUCCGCCGCCUCUCAGUCGUCAUGACGCGGUCGCUACCAAGGGCGAUGACAAUGGUGGACGUCGAGGACGAGUUUGGCCAAGUGAGCUUCAACGACUGGAAGCACCGGCUCUUGUUCGCUUUGCUCUUUGGCUGCUGUCGCCCCAAGCAGCGAGUGCCCAAAGUCUACAAGGGCGGGUCCAUCUACGUGCUUUUCACAACCCAUCGCCAUUACCAGCGCAACGCGGCGUUUAGCUUUCGGGGAAGUGACUGCUACGUGGUUUCGCACACGACGACCAGCGUGACGUCGUACCGCCUGAGCUUGAUCGACGCGCUGCACCUGCCACGUCACGCCGGCAUUGCGUGCGGCGUUCGUCCGACCUCGGCGUUUGGACAGAUUGUCUAUCGGAAGGACGGCAUGGCCACUCUCGAGUACGGCACCGACGGAUCGCACUGGAUUCUCUAGUCGAACAUGCCACCGGAAUGAUCGGUUGUCACCGCCACAGCAUUGUGAACCAGUGUACAGAUUGUCUGACUGAAAAAUGA